AAUGCGUAGAGGAAGGGGAGGAGGUGGACAUCUCUUCUUCUGCGAUGUGCUGAGAGCUGCUGUUUCAUUUCACCACCGCCUCCGAGCCGCUCAGUUCUCCCUCUUUCUUUAAGUGUUCAUUUUUGUUGAUGAAAAGUGCCAAUAUUUUUUGUAUUUUUUCUACCCGCAGCCACACCGGGAACACCACCACACUACCACCGGGCGGUGAUCAGAGAACUUUGAAGCCCAGCUGCUGCUCAGGAGACGGCGGAUAUCCGAGCUCUCGCCAUCCCCAGACAUCGCUAUCUUUAGUUUGAUUCUUAUUUUUUUUUCUUGGGAAGUUAUCACCGACUUCAGUGAAGUUUUUUUUUAUCUGCCCCGAGAGGACAGCACAUCCGCCCGGCAUCAUGACUCGGAGAUCCUGUGCCAUUUACGCCACCGGGAUCGUGUGCGCUCACCUCCUGAUAGUGGGGAUCGCCCUGGUCGUGGCUCAAGUCUUCCAAACAAUGAUCCACAGCCGGUUAAAAAAGGAAAUCACUUUGACAGAGAAGAGCCAAGUGUUUGAAUCGUGGAAGAAUCCACCUCCUCCUGUUUAUAUGGAGUAUUACUUCUUCAAUGUGACGAAUGCAGAAGAAUUCAUAAUGGGUGGGAAAGCAGCUGUUAAACAGAUUGGACCCUAUACUUACAGGGAAUACAGGCCGCGGGAGAAUGUAACUUUCCUGGAGAACGGCACCAAGCUUUACGCCCUCAACCCUAAAACUUUUGUGUUUGUGCCUGAGAAGUCAGCCGGUGACCCCGAGGUCGACAUCAUCAGGACUGUCAACAUCCCGUUUGUGGCGAUCAUGAACGAGCUGAACUCCUACUCCUUCUUUCUGCGAACAUUUGUUUCCAUGUACAUCAACACCCUGGGCGUUGAUAUGUUCAUGACCCGCACUGUCCACGAGGUCCUGUGGGGCUUCAAAGACCCUCUUCUCACGAAGGUCCACAGCAUGAAGCCCGAAGUGGACGAAUAUUUUGGUCUGAUGUGGAAGAAAAAUGGCACUCAUGAAGGAGAGUUUGUGUUCCACACUGGUGAGGAGAACUACUUGGAUUACGGCAAGAUCGACACGUGGAAUGGCCUGAGCAAGAUGUCGUGGUGGUCUUCCAAUCAGAGCAACAUGAUCAAUGGAACGGAUGGCGCGGUCUUCCACCCUCUGAUUAACAGGAAUGAGCUUCUCUACAUCUUUGCUGCUGAUCUCUGCAGGUCUAUCCAUCUAGCCUACGUGGAAGACGUGGAGGUGAAAGGCAUCCAGGCGUACCGAUUUGCACCCCCGAAUGACGUCCUCAUGAGCCCCAAAGACAACCCCACUAAUGCGGGCUUCUGUGUGCCAGCUGGAGACUGUCUCGGCACCGGCGUGCUUAAAGUCAGCGUUUGUCGAGAAGGUGCUCCCAUCGUGGUGUCUUUCCCCCACUUUUACCAAGCAGACCCUAAGUACAUCAACGCCGUUGAUGGGCUCAGCCCCAACAAGGAAGAACAUGAGACGUACCUCGACCUGCAACCGACUACAGGAGUGCCCAUUCGUGCCUGCAAGAGAGCUCAGCUCAAUAUCAUCCUGAAAAGAGUCCAAGGCUUCCCCAAAACCAGGUUCAUCAACGAGACCAUUUUCCCCAUCAUGUUUGUCAAUGAGACGGCGACUAUUGACGAUGAGUCUGCCUCCCAGAUGAGGACGCUGCUCCUCAUUGUGACACUUGUGUCAAACUUCCCUUUGCUCAUCGUGGGCAUGGGCAUCAUCCUGCUGCUGGUCCUUGUCGUCUUGUUUUGCCGAAACCGCCAGAAGAAGAAUGAAGUAAAACGUAUUGAUUUUACUGAAGCUUUUCAUUCUUUUACUACGGCGAAAGACGACACGGCCUACACUCAGGUCAGUGACAAACCUGACGAGCCGUCAGAAACGGCAGCCAACCAGCCGAUGAGGAACGGCUCCUACAUCGCCAUGUCUCCAGUGGAGGCCCAGAAGUGUUGAUCGAGGAUCCCCUCCCCAAGUGUGGAGCUCAGGAAGGGGGCUGAGGGAGCAGCACAGGGGUGUUACAUUACCACGGGCGGGGGUUUGCACACACAGCGGGCUCUUUUUCACUUAUUUUGGGGGUGGUGGGGAGGAUAGGGAAAGGGGUGGGACACAAGCCCCAGUAAAUGUUUAGUCGACAAAGACAUUGCUCCUCUCGCUGAGCCCACUUAUGACUGUCUGUCCUCCUCUACUGUACCUGCUGAGCAUGGCCCUCACUGCCUGCCGUACUGCAACACAACAAACUCCCACACUCUUAUUCCUCGUCUCUGUCCUGGUCGGCCUUUGAAGAUGAUGAAGGGACUCUGGGCGGGCUCGGCCAGGACAAGCCUUUUUUUCCAUAAUUCUUCUGAGGGAACACGGUAGCAUAGGUGUCGCUGUCGCACAAGGAUGCAUGAUCUUCUGAGCAGACGCUGCCGGCUGAUGUCGCUCAAAGAGAGUUUUAGUAUUCACCUGAACAACAGUGGGUGUUGUUACCGUUGCAUUCUUGUUCUUUUCCUCCCCAUAAGAGGAAACUUCAAGCCAACAGAUUUAAAAAAAGCCCCCCUGUCAACUGAACAGGACAAAACUUAGAGCUCCUGCGCUCGGAGGAUAAAAUGGUUUUGCUAACAAAAGUGAACUUAGCAUAUCGUUUUUGUAAAAAGAAAAACACUGAGCCAAACUUUUGCCUUUUUUUUCCUAAGAUAUAUUAGUGCACCCACACGUACACUCACACAACGCACUUCGAGUAUCAGUUAGUGAAAGUGUGUGUGCACCUUUACACUUCAGUGUCCUGUUUUGAUGGACAAUGGGCAACUAUUUUUCUUGAUGCAGGCACAGUGUAGUGACACCUGGAUCUCCCCCUCCUCCUCCUCUACAGAACACUAGUUAAAAGACAUCCAGCUACAUUUCCAAGUCAUCAUUAGCGAAGGUGAUGACCACUUAGCUGUGAAAUUAUUAGAAUUGCCACCUGUAACUACACCUCUCUUAGACUUCAUCACACAUUCAAAACAAAAAGGAAAGAAAAAACACCCACAGAACUUACAAGGGAGACUUGAACCUGCUUUCUGCCUUAUAACGGUUCAGCGUGUUCUUCGUGUUCAUACAUUGUUCAAAUAAGCUGGAAAUCUCUUCUGUCAUUAUUGUACAUAAUGUUAAAGGGGAAAUGUUGAGAUACCUCUGACCAAAUCCAGCAAGCAGUCCUUCAAGGUGUGCUGAAAGACACUAACUUUGCUCUGGUGUUGACCGCUCCUGCACGUCUACACUGUUACUUAUUAGAGAAAGCACAAUUUGGAUUGCUAAAACCAGUCCUCACACAAAGGCUACCAGGUUUUUUUGUCCUCUUAUUAUUAUAUAUAUUUACAGCUGAUCUGUCAAAGACACUGUCAAAGUGCCGUGACUAUUAAAAAAAAAAAAGAAGGGGAAUCAUUGGGGGUUUUGUUGAGGGAGCCCUGCGCACCACUCGCCGCUGUGCAGUCAUUCAGUUUGCCAAGGAGCUGUAGGCAUUCAGGCAAAACCGCAGCACACAGCACUUGAAUCACUGUUUGUCUUACGUUUCAUGUGUUUUCAUUUUUAUGUCCAACACACUUGUCUUGUCUCAGUGGUAGUCGCAAAUGGGAAGUGAAUUUAAGGCCAUAAUACUGUCAGCGUGGAAAAAAAUCCCUGCACUUUGCCUGGAAAUUGUGCCCCAUGUAUUUUCAUUGUUGUUUUAUUUGUCCUGUUCAUUUCAAUGCAGGUGGUCCAUAUGUUCAAUACAUUUCAAUGGUUUGUCCUCACUAGUAUUGGUUAUGAAGGAUGUUCUAAACACACAUCCAUGCCUCUGUUAUUUCAGCACAUGGAGUGUCUUCUUUUGAUAUACUUUUGUAUUUGUUAUUGCUGCUAAAAAACAAAAUGCCAUAACCUAUGGACUUGUAUUGUACAUACAGUAUGUGUACACAACGUGCUCGUAUUCUUCUCCAGGUUGGUCUGCAGAGGCUUUUUCUUCAAGGCCUUCCUGUGUCGCCAACCUCUUUGACACCCGAGCACAAGAUACAAAGCCCAAAGCUUGCUGCCAUUUAUUGGAAUUAGCAGUUACAGUUCUCACUAGCAACACUUUGUAAAAUCUAUCACACUUAACACACUCAUUCCUCUUAUAAGCAGAUGAUCUUGACCAUAUCACGUGUAUUGUUGGGGUUUUAUUAUAGUAACAGUUCGCUGGAGGUGAGCCACUUCAUAUGUCAGAAGUCUGGGAUUAAUAACACUGUGGUGGAGAGGUCGAAAGUAUUAAAUCAAUUCACUAAAGGCCUUUUCUUUAUCCCACCUACAUGCAAGAGACCACCGCCUUGUGCAAACUCAUUCGUUAUCCACCUUUAUGAAAAACUUGAACCUUAGAGACCUUAAUCCCGAGAGUCGUGUGUGUGUGUGUUGCUUGUACAGCGUCUGUUCAAACACACCUGAGCCAUCACUCCUCCACUGUCUGACUUCUACUACACUGACCUUUGAGUCCAAUCCUUCAAGCCUAUUGGCUCAUCCCUGCUUGACCAAAGAUAACCCACAUAGAUCUGCCCCGGCGCCAUGUUUACUCUCCUCUGUGAUAACGGUUGUGCCACAAAAACCCCUGCCUACUUUUUUUUUGUUUGUUUGUUUCUUUAAAUCGUGCCACCACUUAUGUGAAGUAUUUGCAGCAGUGUUGCAUGAACUCAUAUGUGUAUGUGCCUUUUUACAUCAAGGCAAGAAAACAGAAAUUUCACGUGAUGGUAGUUUGAUGGGUAUUGCUUUUUUUGUCACCUGAUGCAAGAGCAAACAAAAGUAAUCAAUGCUCUCUGUGAGCAGAUCUCAGUAUUAUGUAAGACAAAGCAAUACAGAGUUGUGUAAAAUAAAUUUUGUUAGGGGCCACACAAUAUUUAUGUAUUUUCUUUCCCCUGAAUUUGUGAUUUAUUUUUUUUGUUAGUUGUAUAGAAGUAUUUUUUUCCGUAGUGUGAUUUAGUUGUUUUGUUUUUUUUAAUAUUCAACAUUUCAUUUUUGAACAUUUCAAUUUAUUUUCACUUUUUAAGUACAAAAAAAGUGUAAAAAGAUGGACCAGUAUGUGACACUGGGAGCUGUCAGAGACCUGUAAAAUGUCUGUGAGAGUGUUCAUGAAAGUUUAAGAUUCGGGUGUUUGAGAAUUUGUGUGAGUACAUUUGUGUUUGUGGAGCCGAUCUCUGUCAAAACUGAAGUGAUAUUUUUUUUUGUUUGUUUGUUUUACUGGAAGGCUGAUUAUCUUGAUGACUGAGUAAAGCGAUGAUGCUGUGUACCCUAUCUUGAUGAAUGAAGCCCUCCUUCAGGGAUGAGCACUAGUGCCAUACCAUCCUUUCUUAUUACUUUCCCUUCAUUUGCUCUUCGGUGUAAAAAAAGAAAAACGUUUCCCCCCCUGAUUUCGAUGUUCUGAAGUCACUAACAGACGAUUCCUCUUGAGAUAUACCGAUUUGUUUUGCUGCUGAAAAUGACAAUCCUUCUUGUCAUGUGAGGUGCAAAAUGAAUUCAAAGUAAUAUCCAUUUUUAGUUUUGAUAAUUUACACUGCACAGAUGUUUCUACAGUGCUUUUGUAAACAUUUAUAGUGUAUUUGCAAAAAAAUAAAAGUUGCAGUCAAGUGCAAAGUUCA